GGACCUGAUUUACAAGAAAAUGGCUGACAAAGAUAAAGAUGAUCAGGAAAAAACCAUCGCCGAAGAUUUGGUCGUCACCAAAUAUAAAAUGGCUGGAGAUAUUGCAAAUCGUGUGAUCCAAGGAGUUAUUGCCAAGUGUGUGGUGGGAGCCUCUGUUCGGGAGCUUUGCUCACUUGGAGAUAAAUUGCUUCUUGAAGAAACAGUAAAGGUUUUCAAAAAGGAGAAAGAUUUGAAAAAGGGCAUUGCCUUCCCAACAUGCCUUUCUGUCAACAACUGUGUUUGUCAUUUCUCUCCCUUGGCCAGUGACACAGAUGUGGAACUUAAGGAUGGAGAUGUGGUUAAAAUUGAUUUAGGUGCUCACGUUGAUGGCUUCAUAGCCUCAGUGGCUCAUACAGUUAUUGUUGGUAGUACUUCAUCCACCAAAAUUACUGGACGUAAAGCUGAUGUUCUCCUGGCCGCCCACUAUGCAUCUGAAGCAGCUCUUAGGUUAAUGAAACCUGGUACAGAGAAUCAAGCAGUCACAAAUGUAGUCCAGACCGUCGCCGAGAGUUACAAGUGCAAACCUAUCGAGGGAAUGCUCAGCCAUCAAUUGAAGCAGUUUGAGAUCGACGGUGAAAAGUCGAUCAUUCAGAAUCCCAACGAAAUCCAGCGCAAAGAACACGAAAAGACAACUUUCGAGUUGCACGAAGUCUACGCCAUUGAUGUUUUGGUCAGCUCCGGGGAAGGAGUGGCUAAAGAGAUGGAUACCCGAACGACGGUGUUCAAAAAAACCAACGAGACGUACAUGUUGAAGAUGAAGGCCUCUCGUGCGCUUUUCACGGAAGUCAACUCUAAGUGUGGUACGAUGCCUUUCUCCCUUCGUAACCUGGAAGAUGAGAAAAAGGCUCGCAUGGGAGUCCUCGAGUGCGUCUCUCACAAGUUGCUAGAACCCUUCCACGUCCUUUACGAGAAACCGAAUGAGAUCGUGGCUCAGUUCAAGUUUACGGUCUUGUUGAUGCCCAACGGCCCGCAGAAGAUCACUGGUAUCUCUCUUGACCCUACGGCUUUCCAAACGGAAAACAGCAUCACCGACGAGGAAAUCAAGAAACUAAUAACCUCCUCCACUCGUAGCAAGCCUAACAAGAAGAAGAAGACUGCAACAGCUGAAGUGAAAAAGGAAGCAGCACCUGUAACAGCCAAUUAAAACCUACCGCAACUCGUGUUAGUUAUACGCCCAACCCUUAACUCGACCUGGAACUCUCAUUAAAGAAAAAAAAAUUGAAAAUACUUUCGAUCGCGGGUAUUAUAUCUUUCGUGAACUUAAAAAUGCGUUACUUGCGUUCGUUCUCGAUCGACAAAAUCCGGACCGUUGGUUCGCGAAACUCGUGGGGACAAUUAAAAAGAAACCCGAUUUAGUUUCUUUGCUUAUUCGAUCCGUCGUCCAUCGCCAUCCCUCUCUUCGAUUAAUGCUUGUGUUGUUGUUACAAUGAUCCUAUUGUAUCUUUAUUGGGGACGGUUCUUCUGUUAACACGAGUAUCUAAGGGAAUCGAUUCCAGGUUUUAAAAAAUUGUCAUGUAUCAGACUUACAAAUUCGUAAAACGGCGUUGAAGAGAAUGAGGGUUGGAAUACGUAUAAACAAUACACGAUGUGGGAGAAUUCAUCAAA